AUGUCGGCGGGAGCCGUAGCGGAGCCGGACGGCUACGAGGCCGUCUUCAACGUGAAGGUCUUCUCCUAUAGAUUUAUCCAGACGAAGCAAUCAACAGAUUUGUAUAUGUUCUUCAAUCCACAGGACUGCACAUACUUCAAUGCAGCAGAACUUUAUGUAGCUGGUGAUGAUUUAGAAGAUAUUGACUCAUCUUGUACUGUGUCGAGUACACCGAUUUUACGAGUUGAGACGAUUUAUGUCAGCUCGGCGAUUCUUGCUACAAAAAGUAGUUUCGUUUCCAUGCUUUUCUCAAAUCGCAUGAAAGAAUCUGGCCAGGGGGAGGCAACAGUCAGAACUGCUGAUUCUGAGGAGAUAGCCUUAAUGGAGCUGUUACGCUUUAUGCAUAGUGGAAAGUUGACAGCAACAACUGAGCCCACUCCUCUGGUUGAUUUAUUGAUGGCUGCUGACAAAUUUGAGGUCGUUUCCUGCAUGAAGCUUUGCGUUCAGCUUCUCAUGGUCCUGCCUAUGACUCCAGAAUCUGCAGUGAUGUGCCUAGAUCUCCCAUGUUCCAUUUCAAUGGCAGCAGACCUGAUAGAGGCAGCCAAGAAAUUCCUUGGUGAAAGGUACCCGGAAUUCCUGUCAACAGAGUUCCAAGAUGAACUUAUGAGGAUCCCUGCUGCUGGGAUUGAGGACAUGUUAUCAAGGAAUGACUUCGGGGUUGCUUCUGAAGUAAUUGUCUGUGACUUCGUGCUCAGAUGGGCCUGUUCACCAUGCCCAAAUUCGGAAGAAAGGAGGAAUAUCUCGAGUUCUCGUUUACUUCCAGUAAUGCGUCUUCUUAUGACCAAUGCUGUCGAUUAUUCUUGUCGUACGGUUGACUGGGCUGUAAAGCGUGACCAGUGCCGCUCUCUACGAAUGCUGAGAGCAAUACUCAGUCAGCCAUUCAGUUGGGAAGAGUAUGUAUUCUCCCUCUCGGUACACUGGGUUGGUCAUCUUGGUCUUUAUAUAGAGAGGGAACAAAACAAAGGGCCAACAAGGGCAGUGGUUGUUCACAUGGAACCCAUCCUAUAAAACUGAGAUUAAAUACAAUUGAAUCCGAAUUUUAGUAUCGAACUAUAUUAAAUGAAGUUAUUGUAUAUGUGAACACCACAAUCUUUAAAACAAAA